UCACUGCUCAUGUGAUGUGCCGUGACUAGCAGGAGUAGGAGGAGGAGUUUGUUGAAAUGAUAAGUCAAGUUGGACGAGAGCUGUACAAGGUGCCGCUUCGCAUUUUAGAUCACCGAGUCUUUGUCAACGGCGAAAUCGAAUCAUUUCUUGACAAUUUUGAGGUGAGACGCAACGAUAGUGAAGUUGAGAAACUUUUCCAGGUCACCGAGACAGUUGGAUCACUAAAAUACGAUCUAUCCGAGCGGGGCAUAGCCUUAGGUAACGAAAAUCUCUCCAACCUAAACACUGAGGUGAAUAGUUUGUUAAACGGUGUGAACAUCUUGCUCCAUAAAGCCAAAGGUGAAAGAACAGUAAGCAACAAACUUCAAGAGGCACGUAAAGCUCGUGAAGAACGCAAAGCUGAAUUCCUGAUCAAUCUACAGCACGGCUAUCAACGCAUUGAUAACUCAUUUGAGGAAAAGGAGGAGGAAAUAGCCGAACUAUAUUCUGAUCUUCAAUUGAAACUCAAUAUAACCAAGUGA